AUGUUUUUUGUCGAUUAUGUCUCUGCACAAUGUCGGGAAGAGGUAAAGAUAUUGUCUCGCAGUUCACAUGAAUCCAGAGUUGUCCGGAAUCUCUAUAUAUUCGAGAAUGAUACACAAAAAUGCGAUGCAGAAGAGUCUGUGUUGAUACCACUCCGAGCUCCUUUUUGUGAUUCUCAUGAUUUGAAUGUAACUUUUUCAUCCAUUGCUGUGUUACCAAAUGGAACCAACAUGUUACCUUACGUUUUACUUAACGUUUCUAUUUGGGUUAAUAAUCCAAUCUCCUCUGUUUUUCUCCGACUGGAAUGUUUAGAAGCUCCAAAUUUGGAGGACGAUUAUUGUCAUAAUCACGAGGAGCAAUAUCGAAGGUGGGGACGUAUGAUAUGGCCAUGUCGCUUUCUCACUCUUUCUGAACCGGAUCUUGUUAGCUACCCAUAUUUUCUUAGUUAUCAUUGUUUUCGACUUUCUUCUUAUUCUCAUUAUCGUUUGAAUGUGUCAUGUGCUCCAAAUGCAUGCAGGAAAUCGUUUAUUGUCACGAUACCAGAAGAAACUCAAGUGAAUCCUGCUAUAAAUCACUUUUAUGGUAAAGAUGCUGCAACUGGUGAUAAUUAUUGGUCACCACUUGCAUUCGUAGAUUUAACUUUGCGAGACAGAGUGCUAAUUCGUUAUGAGAAACAAUCAUCUUUGGUAUCUACUGGAAUUUCUAUUGCUGUUUUUGAAACGAUCGCUUCCACUUCUAUACAUCUCUUUACAAAUACAUUGGAUGCUACCGCUGUUGAAUAUGAGUGGAAGAAUGUCCCGGCCGGCAAUUUUACUGCGUAUUUAUAUGUCAGCCAAUUAAGCUGCGAUCUAAUAUGUAGCAAUGAUACUACGGAUAAGUGUAUUUUAUGUCCAAGUACAAGAAUUCAUUUCACGGUUGAGGAAGAUAAAAUCUGGUUGUCGGUAUCAGUAUAUGGUUUAUUACCUCAUGGAAUUUACAUCAUAGGUGCUGCAGUGGUGUGUUUUGCCUUUGCUACAGUUUUUUUGGUUCUUUUUUUGGCGGCCAGGCGCUUUCACAAAGUACCAUUGCGAGAAGUAUCACUUUCGCAGCGAACAACCGUUUUUAUCGUUUACACAGACGAUUCCAAACCUCAUUCUGAUUGCAUCGCUAUACUUGCAAAAAUAUUGCAGCACGAUGCAAAUGUGGAUGUGUUCUUAGACCAAUUUGAAUUAAAGUGCUCAGAAACAGUUCCGUUAAGAUGGUUUAUUAACAAAUUUGCAACAGCCAAUCAUGUAUUGCUUAUUUUUUCUGAGGGAGCAAAUGCCGUUCUUCGCGGAGAAAGUCUUAUUCAGCGGCAACCAUUUCCUGAAUUCUUUUCUGUUGCACUUAAUAUGUUACUAACGGAACACAGUAAAGAUGUAACUACACAAUCUGAAAAGUUGCUAUCAAAAGUGAGCCUACGCUUUGCAUUUGCCUAUAUGACCUAUUCUCCACCUUCGAUGAUCCCAGAAGAGCUUGCUUCUUUACCAAUCAGUAUAUUCAAAUUGCCUGAGCAGGCAUAUGUGUGUGUUGACAUUUCACAUUUGAAUAAUGCCGUAAAUGAAGUUGUGGCAUACCGACGUAAGAAUUCAGCUUGGUUAGUAGAAAGGUUACAAACGAACUGCAAGAACUCCGCACCUCUUUUAGCAUUACAAAAUGUUCCUUUCCAAUCAAGUCGUUCGAUGUUGACACCCGAAGAACAAAUUCACAUUGCGGAGACGUUGAAUUUGGAACCACCUGACAUCCAUACUUCGAUGAUGAAUAAUGUCGCAAAACGAAAAGCGACUGCAAAACGGGUGGAGAGGAAACAUGCUUGCCCAAGCUGCGAUGCAAGAUUUUCUUUUCCAAAUAAAUUACGCCUGCAUAUCAAAUCAAAUCAUUCUUUAGCAAAUGCUUGCGAACUGUGUCCGGAACGUUUUAAUCGUUUCAAUGAACUACGCACGCAUAUGCGUCGUGCUCACCAAAUUAUACAUCAGUGCCACUUAUGUGCAUAUUCAUCGAGUGUCAAAGCGGAAUUGAGGAGGCAUGUUGUCAAAUGUCAUGAAAACGGUGUUCGCUGCACAGUUGAUGGAUGUGAUGCAACGGUAGCUUAUAAUAGAUUGAGACGGCACAUCAAGGAAGCUCAUUGCAGUAGCUUUCAGAAUAGUCUGAUUGUAGAUCAUCAGAUGUUGGGAAAGUCAUCAAAAUCUGAAAAUAACCUUUCUGAAGAUCUUACAGAAGUAAAAUUUUCUUCAACAACAGAGGGGCCAGCUAUUACGAAUGUUUUUUCUCCGAUCGUCAGUGUCCAUCAUAACUUUCCGCCGGUGGACAAUAUGGAGAAAUUUACUAGCAAUGAUGCUCCAUUAAAAAUACCACCACAGAAUGUAGAGACGUCUACUCGUCUGUCUUUGGCAGUACAACAUGAUGGAACGAUAGUUGAAAGUGACUGCAGUGAUUACUGUGGUGAGACUGAAUCUGGAAAGGCAAUUAAAAUACAGGGAACUGAUUCCGAAAAUAUCUGUCAGGAAGAAUUUUUAGGAGUGUCGGCUGAACCAGAUAGUUUUGAAACGAAGGACCAAAUAAUAUCGAGAAAAAUAUCACUCGGUUGUACGGAAACAGAGCUUAAUUUUUUUCUUGAAGGUGGAUAUGAAUGCCAAAAAUGUGGGAAGGUUUUUAAUGAUGUUUAUAAUUCUCGGCGACAUUGGAAUCGCGUGCAUCUUAAAAAGUACGAAAAAAGAGUCAGGCUAAAAAAAUAUGCUUGCAAAAUUUCGGAAUGUACGCAACGUUUCUCAUGCCCUUCGAAACUUCAAGAUCACAUGUUGACUGUGCAUAACGAGGAUGCUCCAUUCGACUGUGGAACAUGCAACAGGAAAUUCAGUAGCCGUGCAUCAUUUGCUAUUCAUUUGAGGCGCUACCAUUUGGUGAGUAUUCGAAAUGUGCCAUAUGGAUUUAUGGAUGGAAUUAGUGUCAGUUCCGUUAGUAUCUCGGAUGAAAUUCAUGUUACUGCUAAGGAUAAUGUCGCUGACAUUGGUGUUGAUGCUAUUGAUAAUAUAUUGAUAAAAGAGUAA